UAUCUGUCAAAAACAUUUCAGCAAGUUGUGUUGUGAGUGGUGAUGUUCAUUAAAUUCUGUUUUGUAAAAUAAAUAUAUUUACUGUAUUUUUGACUCGAUACAAAGAAUGAAAAAUGGCUAUAAAUUUAGAAAAGCAUAGAGAGGCGAUGAUAUCCGCUUGGAAAGACGUAUUAGAUGAGAAAACAGAUACCAACUGGGCUCUGUUCAGCUACGAAGGACAAUCAAAUGAUCUCAAGUUUGUAUGUAAAGGAGACGGCGGGCUGGCCGAGCUCGUUGAUGACUUGAACAGUGGAAAGAUCAUGUAUGCUUUCCUGAAAGUGGACACUCCUGAUGGCAGUGUCUCCAAAUAUGUCCUUAUCAACUGGCAGGGCGAGGGCGCGCCGACGGUGCGCAAGGGCACGUGCGCGAACCACAUCCAGCACGUGGCGCGGCUGUUCAGCGGCUUCCACCUCACCACGCACGCGCGCACCGAGGACGACCUGGACGAGAAGGUGAUACUGGACAAGCUGUCGAAGGCGGGGUCCGCUUUCAACUUCAAGUCGGCGCGCAGCGAGGAGCUCCCGCCCACCGGGCCCGUAGGCACCGUCUACAGGAAGGUCAACCCUGUUCAAGAAAUCAACUCGUCGGAGCGCGACCAGUUCUGGAUGAAGGAGGAGCAGGAGGAGAAGAAGCGAGUCGAGGCGGAGAGGAAACGCAGGGAGGAGGAGAAGAGGAAAGCGGAAGAGGAUGUUAGAAAACGGGAUGAACUGGAAGCAGCCAAGCGGGACAAGGCCGAAGAACAGAAAGCACCCAGCCCGACGGUCCUCAGCCCCACGUCUGGACUCAGCGUGAGUGAGUCCCUGCGCCGGCAGCGCUCCGCCGAGGCCAAGCAGCUGAUCGGCCAUUCCACCGCCGCCGCGCGCGCCAUGUUCGAGCAGAACCUCGCCUCGGGGCAGAUGAACACUAGGAGAAACAGCGGCGGCACACCCGAAAAGCCAGUGCGUAGCUCGGUGAUCGCGCAACGCAUCAACACGUUCACGCAACAAGCCCAGCCGCCGUCACCCGUCAAGUCGCCGUUACCACCGCAAGCGCCCAAGACCACCCUCAAGGAAGAACCCAUAGAGCAACCGAAAACCAGCCCCCUCAAAAACAUAGACAAGAUCAAGAUGAGCCUCGAAACACCGUCCCAGAUACAGUACGAACCGAUCAUUGAUCCAGUCGACUUGAGCCCUAGCACGGAAAAUGAACCAACUUCUUUCAGCGCCAUAAACUAUGGUGACUUUAAGAACGAAGAUUACAGAGAUAUCAAGGAGGAUUUGACGCAAAGCGAACCGAUGAUUAAGCAGAACAUUCUCGAGAAUGACAUGUUCGAUGCGUCGUAUUCUAGCGGCAAUGAGAACGAUGACGAUGACAGUGAUAACAAGUUCAGUACGAUCAAGCGGUCGCCAUAUUGCAAGAAUGGCGACGGGAAAGGGCCAGAGUUGAGUCGACAGAAUACGGUCAUAGAGAAUGUUAAUUACAAGGAGCCUAAUGGCACUUCUCAAGACAUAUCUCCGGAGGCGAUGGAGGAGGAGGGCACGAUCUACGAGGACCUGGACGAGGACCCCGGCCUCACCGCGCGCGCGCUCUACGACUACCAAGCCGCGGACGAGUCAGAAAUCACGUUCGACCCGGGCGACAUAAUCACUCACAUCGAGCAGAUCGACGCGGGCUGGUGGCAGGGGCUCGGCCCGCGCGGCGUCUUCGGGCUCUUCCCCGCUAACUAUGUCGAGUUGCUGCCGUGCGCGCCGCUUCCACGCUAGGUGGCGCCACUGGGGACGGGG